GGCGUUUAAAAGGCAAAAGCGAAGCAGAAGCUCCGCCAUUUCAGUCGCUCAGAGCAGAUUCACUCUGCUGUGAGAUUCAGCACGAACAGCUCCAGGCUUUCACUGAUCAGCUGGACGAGCGAGAGAGCGAGACACGGCUGCAGCUCGAGGAGAGCAGGAGGAGGAGGGGGGUGACAGAAUCGAAGAAGGGGGACGGGGAGGUAGGGGAGGGGGAGUUAGGGAGGUACGGUGGGGUUUUCAGUGGGAUUUGAGGGUUUGUAGGGGUCAUGGCGUGGCCGUGCAUCGCCAGGGCAUGCUGCAUGGCCCGAUUCUGGACCCAGCUGGACAAGGCCGACAUCGCCGUGCCGCUGGUCUUUGUCAAGUACUCGGAGGCGUCGGAGGAGACUCAGCAGCUGCAGAAGGAUAGGGAGCGAGAGCGGGAAAGAGAUCGGGAAAGAAAUCGGGAGAGAGAUCGGGAGAAAGAUCGAGAGAGAACCCGAGACAGAACCCGAGACCGGCUGCAGGAGAGAAGUCAGGAGCGGGAUCAAGAACGGGACAGACCUCGACAGGAAGUGACCCGGGAUGGGCGCGAGGAAGCUACCGGGUCUGUCAUGCGGCAGGACUUCAAACCGUGGAAGGUCCGGCCGGAGCCGAGCUGCAAGCCGAAGAGCGAAUAUCACAACCCGGAGGUGCCCUUCGACAGCCAGACCCAAUACCGGCAGGACUACAAGCCUUGGCCUCUGCCCAGGAGGGGUGACCACCCUUGGAUACCCAAACCGGCACCGGAGAGCGGCCUGGAGAAGAGCCAGAUCGCCGACAAGGUGCAGGAGAAGGAGAUGCUGAUGGGAGAGAGGAAGAAGAGGCAGGCAAAGAGAGUGGAGAAGGAGAACAAGGUCACCACAGGGAAGGAGGGGUCAGCGGAGGCCCCCGUUAGCAUGGGAAAGGGAAGGGAGGCCGUGGAUGCUCUUAACAGACAAAUUAAGGAGGAGGUCACUGCAGGAAGCUCGUACAGGACGGAGUUUAAAGCUUACACAGACGUGAAGCCAGUGAAACUGAUCCGGGCCAAGUCUCAGUACCAGCCUCCAGAUGAAAAGACCAACCUGGAGACCAGCUAUAGCGCCACCUUCAGGGGAGAGCAGGCAAAACUACAGCCUGCUGACAACAAGGCCCUGGAGAGGAGGAGAAUACGGUCAUUGUACAGCGAACCGUACAUAGAGCCUAGCAAGGUGGACAGAACAAGUGCUCCCCGAUCCAAACCAAAAAAGGUCGCCUCCUCAACCACCUCCCAGGGCAAAGCGGUGAAGAAGUCCAAGGAGAAGCAGGCGGCCUCGGCGCGAGGCUCCAAAAAGAAAGGCUCGGAGAACCAGCCAGAGAGACGGCCGGCGCAGGGCGACAAGGAGAAAAGUAAAGAGAUGAACAACAAACUGGCUGAGGCGAAAGAGGUUGUGCUAAAACAGUACCACUACAUUCAGCUCUGCCAACCCAUCCGAGAUAUUGGUUGGGUGCAGACGCUAAAGCAACACCUGUGGCGCUGUGCACUACCUGACCCAAGAGAGUCUGAGUCUGCCGUGGGACGAGUCAGUGAUUAUUAUUCCCCGGGUACCUCUGGAAGAGAGUCAGAGCCACUGGUGGAACGACCAGAACCACGCAGCAAGGCAGUAGUGCGAUUCGCGCCGGACGUCAAAUAUUGACACUGACCAGCAACGGGAGGAAGAGUGGUUAAAGACAAAAAAUCCAGUUUACACACU